AAUAAGUACAGUGUAACAUAAGUGGUUCGAUAACUGGAGUUCGCCUUGCACGCCGAAGCGGGGCACCUCGUACGUACGUACAAAUCGCGGUUCUUGACGCGGUUCAAAAUCAUUUAAAUGAUGUCCACCCAAAAACACGGUGCGUUGGACUCGGGAACCAGUGACGGAUUCCCGCGAAAACGGUCGCUCGUACGUCAAGCGACAGACGUCGAAGACGAUGACUUUUCCUCCUUCCCGUCGACGAUCGCCGACUUCGGAUACUUCUUCAACGAUUUUGGCCAGCUGAGGCACUUGAAGACCGGUGAGCCUUACUUGUUUCAGGUACGCCCGGACGACCACGGCUACAACCAGCGGCGCUACGAAGCCCUGGGUGACGUUAUCACCGAACACGUUUACCAGCUCCUGGAGCAAGAGACACACCUCACGCGAGUUCCCGUGCCCGUCAACGUGCAGGAGGACGAGCCGAGCUCUUUCAUAUUCGUGUCGGAAGAUGCGUUCACUAAUAAGGACCGCCUGUUGAUUCUAAUACACGGCAGCGGCGUUGUGCGAGCCGGUCAGUGGUCGCGGCGGCUCAUAAUCAACGACUCGCUCAAGAGUACUCAGCUGCCUUACAUUAGACGAGCGCAGGGGCUCGGUUACGCCGUCAUUGUGCUCAACACUAACGAUACUCAUCGCAUAAUCAACGGCGUGCGCGUUCCAGUGCGAGACUGUGAAACUGCCGAGAAACACGGUCGGCACGUCUGGGAGCACAUCGUCGAGAAGAGGGCAGCCGCGCGGCACAUUGCCGUCGUGGCGCACAGCUACGGAGGUGUCGUCGCCGUCAACGUGGCGACCGAGUUCUUCGCCUCGUUCUCGGCUCGCGUCUUCGCCGUCGCCCUGACAGACUCCGUCCACAGUUUCGCGCGUCAGAAGUCCCACCCUCGCGUCGCGCAGUUCUUCAACCAGGUCGGGAGGAAUUGGGUUUCCAGUCCGGAGCACCUCGAUCGGCCCCUCAGGGAACGACACGACGGCACCGUCGACGUGAGACGCGUCUCUGCCGGCACCGUCACCCACGAGAUGACGUCGUGGUCCAGCUUCGCGUCCGUCUUCGAGUUCCUGGAGACGGCGUACCACAAGAAGUCGGCCGGGAACGGAGAGCAGAACGAUUUGUAGUGUGGCGAUUUGUCGAGGCAGUGCAGCCUCCAUUUCUUGUUCUCC